GAGGGGGAGAGAGAGAGAGAGAAGGGGUGAGGGAGGGAGAGGGAGUGAAAGAUGAUGUCGGGGCAGAGCCUCACGGACCGGAUCGCGGCCGCUCAGCACAGUGUCACCGGUUCGGCCGUCUCCAAAACCGUCUGCAAAGCCACAACACACGAGAUCAUGGGCCCCAAGAAGAAGCACCUGGACUAUCUGAUUCAGUGCACAAACGAGAUGAAUGUAAACAUACCUCAGUUGGCUGAUAGCCUUUUUGAGAGAACUGCAAACAACAGCUGGGUGGUGGUAUUCAAGUCUCUCAUCACAACUCAUCAACUAAUGGUUUAUGGAAAUGAGCGAUUUAUCCAGUACUUAGCUUCAAGAAACACAUUGUUCAACUUGAACAAUUUCCUAGAUAAAAGUGGAUUGCAAGGAUACGACAUGUCUACUUUCAUCCGACGGUAUAGUAGAUACUUGAAUGAAAAGGCGGUCUCUUACAGACAGGUCGCUUUUGACUUCACAAAGGUGAAAAGAGGAGCUGAUGGAGUCAUGAGAACAAUGAGCACAGAGAAACUCCUGAAGACUAUGCCCAUUAUACAGAAUCAGAUGGAUGCUCUCCUGGACUUUAAUGUCAAUUCCAAUGAGCUCACAAAUGGGGUGAUCAAUGCAGCUUUCAUGCUUCUCUUUAAGGAUGCCAUUAGACUGUUUGCAGCAUACAAUGAAGGGAUCAUCAACCUGCUAGAGAAAUACUUUGACAUGAAGAAAAACCAAUGCAAGGAGGCUCUUGAUAUAUACAAGAAAUUCCUCACUAGAAUGACGAGGAUCUCAGAGUUCCUUAAAGUUGCUGAACAAGUUGGAAUUGACAGGGGAGACAUACCAGACCUUUCUCAGGCACCAAGUAGCCUUCUAGAUGCUUUAGAACAGCAUCUAGCUUCAUUGGAAGGGAAGAAGGUUAAGGACUCCUCAACUGCUGCAAGCAGGGCAAGCACUCUUUCAAAUGCAGUCUCCUCAUUAGCUAAUACUGGCAUGUCACUUAGCAGAGUGGAUGAAAGGGAAAAACAGGCCGCUUUGGAGGAAGAACAAGCUCGGUUAAAAGCUCUGAAGGAGCAGCGCUUAAGGGAACUCGCAAAGAAAUCUCAGCCAUCCUCUGCCACGACUGCAGCAUCACCUAGCUCUACGUCAGGAGGAAGUAUCAGCACUACAGCAGCUAUAGGCCUCUUCUCAACACCCAGUUCUUCCAACCACAGCACAUCCAAACUGCCAAACGAUUUGCUUGAUCUGCAGCCAACAUUUCAACCAUCCAUACAUUCGAUCUCAACAGGACCUUCAGCCGCUAAUACAUGGGGAGAUCCUUUCUCUUCUGAAGCCAGUGAUGAAGCCAUUCCAAGUUUAAACCCUUUUCUUGUGAAAUCUGCUGAAGUUGUAAAUGCCACCGUCGCCUCCUCUGAUGGUGUGAUCUUUACCUCUAGGACGCAUAGCCAUGAAAUGUUUGAUCAUUUCAAUCCCUUUACUGAGCCAACUUCCUGUGUUGCUACAAAGUACGAAUACGCUCCACGGAUAGACCAAUUUCCCACAGAUUCCUUCUGUGGUCCUCCAGCCUAUUCUAAUACUUCCCAAUUUAGAACUGAGCCCACUGCUGUAGCUGGUCUAUUUGCAGGCUUCAUUCCUUCAUCAGCUCAGGCACCAACAUCAACAAGCAUUAACGUUGACUUUGAGUCAGUGUUUGGGACUAAACCAACUACCACAACCAAUAAUGUAAUGGAUUCUGGUGACUUUGACGGAUUAGGUGGGGUCCUGAAACCAACUGUAGCUCUGCAAAAUCAGAUCCAGCUGACUUCAAAACAGCACCAAGGCAAGCUAGUAGGAGAAGAUUUGGAUUCAUCUUUGGCUAAUCUUGUAGGCAACUUGGGAAUUGGAAAUGGAUCUACUAAAAAUGAUCUUCUUUGGAAUCAGCCUGGGGAAAAGAAAUUAACUGGAGGAACUAACUGGCAACCAAAGUUUGCAGCCACCACUACUUGGAAUCCUGCUACGCUGGCACCGACCAUAAUGGCCUUCCCAGCAACAACACCAACAGCAGUGAUGGCAUAUGGCAUGCCACCUGCAAUGGGCAUGCCUAUGAUGACUCAACCAACAAUGAUGUACAGCCAGCCAGUCAUGAGGCCAUCAAAUCCAUUUAGUUCUGCACCUGGUGCACAGUUGUCUGCAGCCUCAAGUCCUUCUAGUCAGAGUCCUCCGAGAGCUCCUGGAAAGGACCCGUUUGCGGAGCUCUCUCUCAAGGAUUUCUUGUAGAAAAGACAAGAUACAGUUCAUGUAAUGACAUCAAAUGGAUUGAUCGUUCCGGGAAGAUAAGUGCUAAGCAGCAAAUUUUAUUCUUCAUGCAAAACACUCGCUGUUUGUGAAACUAUUAUCUUCCACAAGGGAUGACUUCCGUACAAAGAAUGAUAAAGGACCUGGCAGAAUGACCAAGAUGGAAGAUGUAUUCAAAAGCAAAUACUGAUGUACAAACCUCAGUUGAAGAUGGAAACCACUGUUUUGAUGAUCAAGUGAUGACUGAAUCAAUCAUGAUUUUAAACUUUUCCAACCAAUAAUAAUGCUACAACGAUGGAUCAUUUUCUCAUACUGAGUGAAACUUUUAUUAAUCUAGAAUUGACAGGUUGAGGAGUGAGUGAGAUUUGCAACCAUGUAUGAUAAGGGCUGCUGGAUUGUAACUUAUCAUGAUUUGGUGAGGUAUUCUUUGAAAAGCGACAGUAAAUUAAGUAAACUUUUUUAUGUCCACCAAGGAACUUUUUUUCUUUUAUCUUCACAAAAUAGAUGUGCUAAAAUUAACCAUUCAGAAUAUUACUUUUAUUCAAGUUUGCAGUUAGACAUUCCUUGUAUAUUAAGUUUGUAUUUAUUUAUGACUGUCAUUAAGUAACAAUAUUUGCAUCAGAUGCUCCUAUAUGGAUGAAUAUGGAUGUACAUGGUUUAUGAAUUGGAUGAAAACCUGAGUGAAUCAAAAAGCAUUUAAUGGAAAGAUGGAGCACUAAAUAUUCUACAAAUCAAUUUACUUACCUCUAGCACAAUUAUUUGUAGACAGAAUCACAAUCUUAUGUUUAUGUGGGAUUUAGGAUGAGUAAUGUAUUAAUCAUGUAGUUCUGUGCCUAGGAUUUUGCAAGGGAACAGUUAUUGACUAGCAAAGCACUACGUUUGUACUUUGGCAUUAGCAUAAAUGACAAGGUCCUUUAUUGCUUUUUGCUCAGCAUGUCAUUAUUUUACAUCAGAGUUUUAUUCUGCCUUUCCUGACUAGAAUGUAAAGAAUUGCCUUCUGUUCACAAAGAUCCUCUACCUCCAUAGACUCCAAAUCAUAUGCAGAUCCCAGAACAUGUUGAAAUAUUGGUUUAAACUUCCACACAGUGUCUUCACUAGUUGGUUCUGGGAAGACUUGUUUACACAGAUUAAGUUGAAAAUGAGAGAAACCGUUUCUGUGUAGAAUUUUUUAAAAGAAAAAAAACAAAUCGAGUUAAAUAAUAAAACGAUAAAGUGCUGUUGACCGGUGCUUCAUUGUAUAUACCAUAAUCCUUGUCCACAUCGCUGGUGUGAAGGAUAGUUUGUGCUUGAGGCAAUUCUGUACAUGAACUUUGCAAAAUUUUGCUGCAUUGUCUUUGCAGAAUAUAUUUUGUUUAAAAGAAAAAUGUAUGUUAGGAGAAAAUGGGUGGAUAUUCAAAUAAAGAGCAGCUUCCACUGAAAUUUUGUUACAAGCUAGGUGCAAGCUACAUCUCUCAAUUCCAAAAAUCCUGUGCAUGGAUAUAACAAACUCUGCAUUAUUUAAUAAAAAAAGCAAUUGAGCUGUUGUAGGCAA